AUGUUAAAGCCUUUCUCCUUCAACUCUUUCCUCAAGCUUGUUGCCCUCCAACCUUUGGAUGAACACACUCGACGCUCUCUCUGUCACGACACGAGGUCAGGUAGCCCAACUCAGCCAUAA